AUGCCACCACACGCUGAGCCGCCUGUCGAGCCUGUCAAGUGGAAAGACGCGCUAGACAAGUCGCGUAAACACAAGGCGCCUGCCGAAGACGACCCCACCAAACUAGUCCGAAACGUCUGUUUGAUACAGCAAAAGCAAUUCACCAUGCGAGGAGAGAUCUGCCACCUUCAUAUCGGCCAAGCUGGCACGCAGCUUGGUAACAGUGCCUGGGAGCUGUACUUGCUUGAGCAUGGUCUCUUGCCUGACGGUCGUCCCAACCCCGAUGCGAAGGACCUCAACGAAGGGGGGUCUUUCGAGACCUUCUUCACUGAAACGGGCAGUGGCAAAUACGUCCCUCGCUCCAUCUUCGUCGACUUGGACCCUUCACCAAUUGACGAGAUCCGAACCGGUGCUUAUCGCCAGCUCUUCCACCCUGAGCUGUUGAUUAGCGGCAAGGAGGAUGCAGCCAACAACUAUGCCCGUGGCCACUACACAAUUGGCAAGGAAAUGGUCGACAGCGUGAUUGACAGGAUUCGUCGCGUCGCCGACAACUGCUCCUCACUCCAAGGUUUCCUGAUCUUCCACUCUUUUGGUGGUGGCACAGGAUCUGGCUUCGGUGCGCUCAUCCUCGAGCGUCUUUCGACCGACUACGGCAAGAAGUGUAAGCUUGAGUUUGCAGUGUACCCAGCACCACAAGUUUCGACCUCCGUCGUCGAACCCUACAACGCUGUUCUCUCUACCCACAGCACUAUCGAGAACUCGGACUGCACAUUCCUUGUCGACAACGAGGCUGUGUAUGACAUCUGCCGUCGCAAUCUGGACAUCCCUCGUCCCAACUACGAGCAUCUCAACCGCUUGAUUGCGCAAGUUGUCAGCUCCAUCACAUCCAGUCUGCGCUUUGAUGGUGCUCUCAAUGUCGACUUGAACGAGUUCCAGACUAACCUGGUGCCUUACCCACGUAUCCAUUACCCGCUCAUCAGCUAUGCACCUGUCAUCUCGGCCAAGAAGAGCUCUCACGAAAGCCACAAAGUCAGCGACCUUACCUUCCAAUGCUUUGAGCCUAACAACCAGAUGGUCGUCUGCGACCCGCGCAACGGCAAGUACAUGGCGGUAGCUUUGCUAUACCGUGGUGACAUUGUCCCCCGUGAUUGCACUGCUGCCGCUGCCGCCCUCAAAGCGAAAUCGUCCUUCAACUUGGUCGAAUGGUGCCCUACCGGUUUCAAGCUUGGCAUCAACUACACCAAGCCCAUCAGCGUCCCUGGAAGCGAACUCGCCGGUGUCGACCGAAGCGUUUCCAUGCUCAGCAACACCACUGCCAUCGCCGAAGCCUGGUCUCGUCUUGACCACAAGUUCGAUCUCAUGUACUCCAAGCGCGCUUUUGUACACUGGUAUGUGGGUGAGGGAAUGGAAGAAGGAGAAUUCUCCGAGGCCCGUGAGGAUCUUGCUGCCUUGGAAAAAGACUAUUCUGAGGUCGCUGCUGACUCGCUGGACGACGAGGAGGUGGAGGAGGGUGAAUACUAA